AUGACCCAAUUGCUUAUAAGUCUAGAAAAAAUUUUACACGGUAUCAAAACGGAUUACGCAUCAACAGUAUCAAAGAUAUCAAAUUUUGGGCUCGCCAAGUUGAUGCCAGAAGGAAAGGUAGCAUAUAUAAGCAUUGAUCUUGUCUUCUUUGGAAAUCAGACAGGAAAACCGACUUUACAGAACAAUGUUUACGCAUCCAGAGUGGUCCCUCUCAAGCUCUUGACUGGACGAAGAGCUGAGGACCUGAGCCAAGGACCAAAUGACCAAAAUCUAGCACUUCAGGUGAGGAACGUACUGAAUGACAGGAAGAAAUUAAGGAAGGUGAUAGAUCCCAAGCUGAGUCAGAAUUUGUACACGCUGGAGCCAGUUGCAAUGUUUGCGAACUUAGCAUCACGAUGUUUUCGUCCCAACAGCACCGAGCGACCCUCAGUGGAAGAAUGUGUUCGAGAGCUUCAACUGAUCUUGCAUACGAAUUCAAAGGGAUUAGGCAUGGCUCUGCACAAACUGGGAUUGAUCUAG